CGGAGAGAAAACCACAGUGGAACGACAGCAGGGACGAGAACAGUACACGGAGGGUUGUGCACGUAUGACCGAGCGCGAUGAGGGUCGGUACGGUGCCCCGAGAGGGGUGAAGCGGAGGAUAGGGACCGUCCUGGACGGCCCGUUGAAGAGGAUGCGUUGCGCAGAGGACCCUGGAGGGUCUUUGAUGGAGCGGGAGGAGAGUCCCGGUCUGGUGUGUGGCGCUGAGGAGCGCUGUGUUACCGAGGGGGAUGCCUCUCAGCCUGUGGCUGGUCACGGCGUUGGGCCGUGUAGAGUGGCGGGGUGUUCCCCGCUGGGCGAACUGCAGGUUCGCUGGUUUCCUUGGGAAGGAGACUGGGAGGACCUGAGGCCGGAGGUGAGUCUUGAGAUCCAGGCGUUGGGGCGCCGUUUGGUUUCACUGGAGUGUGGAAGUCCAGAGAAGCUUCGGUGGACCCCGGUGGUGGUCUGCAGUGGUGACCUACAGUUCGACUUCUCCCGGGAGGGAGAGGAGGAGCUACAGUACUGUCGAGCCUGGCGGCGAGACCAGGAGGCAGAGGACGACUAUCGGCACAUGGGUGCCUUGAUCAUGGGUGAGUUCCGGCGGUUGGCCGUGGAGACUGACCGGUUUCUGUCCCGGUUUGGUGAGGGCAGGGUGUUUCCCUGGCACGAACGGUUGACACUUCUGAGUGUCGAGACCAGUGGAGGCUGGGUGAAGCACGUGCAGGUGUGGGCGUGCAUUGAUGUCGGUACGGACGGAGGAUACUUUGCUCUUGUGGAGACUACGAGUCACAGAGACGACGGGGAGGAAACUCGAUCGGUCGUGGUGGAUGCCUUUCGUUUCCCGGAUACGAUGUAUGGGCUUGAGCCCUACUCGGAUGGCGGUGCCGGCUUUUGGCACUUUUACCAGGCGCAGCUGGGUCCCGGCGAGGACUGGACGGAGGAGUAUGUGCAGGCCUUUGCCUCUGGGUCUUGGGAUCGACAGGCAGGUAUUGUCGUGCAGUGGUCGUGGUAGACCUGGGAGCGGGAGCGACUUUCAUCAGCAGUAGUGUCGUGAGAACAGUGGGCCACACAGAUAGAUAGACGGAGUAAAACAACAUGACAAAAGAACAGAGUGAUGAACAAAUAAUGAG